AUGGUAAAGUGCGUUAUCCCCCGACUAAUGAAAGCUUGCUGUUUUCCGAGCGAGAACUGUUUCCCCAAUUUGAAAUGUAACAGCUCGAAGAAAGCCCAAAGGGGUGACAAGCAUUCGGCGCAAUACGAUCCGCUGAGUAUGCACCCUGGAUUUUACAACAACUGGGAAGAUUACCUAAGGGAAGUGAUCCCCAUUUUGGGCUCCUCCGUUGAAGUAAAUAGAAGAGGGAAAUUGAAAGUGUCACAACGGGGGAAAAGUAAGGCUGUUAGUUGCUGGAGAGAGGAGAAUGACGAGAUUAAGAGGCGGAGAAGUGGGGGGAUGUGUAUUGGAAGGUGCUCUCGUGGAAGAGCAAAAAAUGGGGGAGCAAAAGGGGCGGCGAAGAGUAGUCGUAAAGUAGCUGAGAAUUUUAUAGAUCAAGCCGCUACAGGAAGGGAGAGCCAAGUGGUGAGUCAAAACAAAGGGACGCACAGAAGCAGUGUCCCCUCAAGUGUGAAAAUAUUAGACCAAAUGAAAAACGGAUAUUCCAGUGCGGUGGAGAGAAAACACUCCAAAGUGUACGUACAUAAGGAAGAGUUUGAAAAUGAACGAAACAGAAAUUUAUCAGUGGAGACCAAUAUAAACAGCAGCAGAUACGGGCUCAAACGUAGUGCAGAUGGAGACAUAAAACGGGACGGGAGAAAAACGAGUAGCUUUACUAAUGACUCACGUAGUUACACUCAGCGGAGAGAAAGAAAACACGAAGAGGAAAAAAAGAAACAAGAAGAAUAUAUAAAAAAAAUUAACGUCAACGAGGCAAGGAAAAAAAUAUUAAGUAAAGAAAUACACUCGCAAAAUGGGAAAAGAAAAACUGCUUCCAUGUCUGUAAAUAGUAGACAUACACUGGAGGGAAAAAAUUAUGAUUUUUUAAUUAACUCAAAUGUUGUGAAAGAACCCAAGGUAGGAGAUAGUAGAGAAGCCGAGGAAGUGUCAAAUAAUAUUUUGCUGAGGGGUAACAUAUAUAAAAUUGGAAACAGAAGCGAAACUAGAAAAGGAAGGAAAACUAAGAAGAUCCAACAGGAGGAACGGCAGAUGGAUAAAAAGAAAACCCCUAAUUGCACAGUGAAGAAGAAAAAAAAAAUAACGAGGGGAAAACUGAGGCGUCCAGAACCAUUUACCGGGGUUACUGAAAGAGAAAGUAAACAGAAAGACAUGCACUAUGGGAUCUCCUCAAGGGAAAGUUCCUUGUAUGAAAUCUCUAUAUCGGGAGAAGUGGACAUCAACUUUGAAUCAGACUCCUGUGUGGGGGGUGUGAAAUCAACGAGAAGUGGGCAUAGCGGAAGUGGAUCCAGGAAGGAUGCAAGGAGGGGAACUGAGGAGAAAGCUGAGGAGGAAACUAGAGGGGGAAAUAAAAGGGAGGUUGUUUCAGCAUCGGUUCUUUCAAAGAAGGGGAUAAAUCGGGAUGUGCCCACGACAAUUGAAAACCGCGAGAAAAUAACAACUCGUGAGCAGCCGGCAAACCAGGUUAAAUAUGCUCAUAUAUCUGGGGUAAGAAACAUCCAAAUGAAGGGAAAUAAAAACACAAGUAUGUGUGAAAAAGGAAAGAUUCUUCUAAAUUUGAAAAAUAUGCCACCAAGGAAAAGGGAAAGCACUGGACGGUUGCCACUUGGGGUAGAACCAAUUGGCGGGUUCGCACGCAAAGUAAUGAACAGAAAGAGCGAACGAACUGCUGGUGUCACCUAUCGUGAGAAGAAUUGUGGACCAGUUCAUGAGAUGAGCGAUUGUGUUGGUGUAAGUGCUUUGAGGAAUCCCGUUCGACGGAAUGUGCAGAGCGGAGUGGCGUGCCCUGUGGGUGGAGAAAUCCUCAGUGGUGUAGAUGUAGAAAUAGGGGGAGUGGAAGACAGAUGGAAAUACUGCUUAGGAAAAAACAAAGACACUGAAAAGAAGGAAGAUAAAAGGAAAACAAAAAAAAAAAAAAGUUCCUUCUUAACGGUAGAGGAAAAUGGCACGCAUAGGACCUACUUACACGAAUCUAGCAACAGAAAUAGCGGAAGGGAUACAACCAUCUCGAAUAAGCGAAGAAGUAGCGACAUGAGGAGAAAAGAAUUCGUGGCGGGGUUAGGCGAUAGUUCCGUAUAUUAUGAUCUGAAAAAGCGCAACUUAAAUCUGGAGGACCUGUUAAAAUUGAUUAAAGAGGAAAAGGUGGAAAUGGAAUCAUACGGAAGCUGCAACGAGCUUAAUAAGUUUCAUUUGAAGAAAAAAGAGGAUUGGAUAAAUCGAGAAGGGGAUGAAGAAAGAGCGAUCAAAUGUUAUAAGGUACACAUAGUAGAAGGGAAGUAUGAUAAGGAAAGAGGGAAUCAACUGUAUAGUCAAUUGAUGCACCUCCCACGUGAGUCAGAUGGUAGAGUGGGUAGGAAAAACAGCUUACGAAAUAUCACAAAAGACAAGGAGGAAAGAUCAAAUUACAAUUUUAGCUACCCGAAUAGUCACCAACCCGAUUCGGCCAUCUCGCGUGAACAGAAGCUCACCAAAAGGGGAAAAGAAAAAGACACUUCCAAAGGGGUAAAAAAUGAAACUGUUCCAAGAAAAGGCGUGUCCAAGAAGGGAGGAGUAGAGGAGAAGAAAAAACGCAGUGUAUCCACUCGUUCCUCAGAAGAGGAAGAAAUGAAAGUGAAGGCACAGAUGGACGCAGAAAUGGAAACCUUAACAAAGUUGAUAAAUUUAAAAAGCGAACAAAACGAGAAGUUAAAAAUGUGUUUGAUGAUGCAGGAAAAUGAGAUUAAUUUGCUGCGUACAAAAGAGCAAAAGGCGGAUACAGGAAAAAAAAAAGAGAAGGGAAAAAAUUGGGAAAAUACCACUUUUUAUAAAAAUUUAAUAAAGGCUAAACCGUCAACAUUUAUGGAGAUCAUUCUAAGUAACAAUCAAGACGUUAGGAAUGACACGCAUAUGAAGGAGACAUACGAAUCAACCAUGCAGGCAGAAAAAUGUAAUUGUGUCAAAUCUUUUAAUCCUUGCUUAUGUACUAGUUGUUCUGUUCCUGGAGGAAGCGAAAAUCAUUCCUUUCACUUAAAUGAUCUUAGCCAAUGUGGAGCACCGUCUAAAGGAACAAACUCCCCCACAGAAUAUAUCGAAACGGAUAUCCCCACAGAUACUGCACAAAAAGAUGGAUUUGAUCCUAUAGAAUCGAAUUUUAAAUCUGGGGAGAAUCGAUAUGUACAAAGAUGCACAUUUAGUGGAGUGCCGACGGGAGGGAUCUGCUCCUACACGUGUUGCAUGCCUUUUGGAAAUUUCACAAAUCUGGUCGUCGAGGAUCCAACAAAUGAUAAGUUCUGUUCGCAUGAGCGGAACGUUUCCUCUCCUCCGGAGGGGACAAUGAAGUAUGAUGUCUCAGGAAUGGACAAGAAUAAGAUUUCCAACAUGCACUCAAACGGUUACCACUCCAAGGUGUCAAGCGGUAUGAUAGGAAAUAGAAACAAGAAAGACACAGUACCCAAGCCUAAGGUACACACAGGGAAGAGGCUAAUAAAAAUAAAAGGAAAGGGAAAGCUUGAAACGAGAGAAAACAAAUAUAACCCACUUGCGGUGGUAAGUGAAAAAGCCUCGGGAUGUGCGAAUCGAGGAAUUUUAGGAACCUUGAACUGUGCCCAGUUGAGCGAAAAAAAGUGUGAAACAGAACAUGGUAGUUACUCAAAGCAGAGCCAAAAUACGAGUAGGACGAAUAGCUACAAAGGAGAGGAUAAGAACCCUAUUAAAUCCAGCACGAUAAGUAUUAAGUGCCUGCCUAAGAGAAAAACAGGUGUAACCGGCUCGGAUAGAAAAAGUUGCUUUCUUUCUUCAAGGAAUGCCAAAGUGGAGAAAAAAGGGGAUUAUGAACCCAAAAAGGAAGGCCUCUUCACAAAGCUGUUCUCCUACAUAAGGAAUAACAGCCUCUGUAACGAAAAAAAAAAUGAAAAUUGUUUGAGGAGAAAUAAAUCAGCCAACUCUAUCGUCUUCAAGAAAAAUAAUGAUUUGUCUCAUCAGACACAUGAUAGAUCUCGGUCCUCCGGAUGUCUACUUGACAGAACUGUACCAACUGUUCACAAAAUGAAUUGUAUUAAUGCCCCAUACUUUCAUGCUCUCACUGCAUGUGGAAAUGUGUGUGGACGAGGGGGUAACGUCAUGAUGGAUGAGGAAAGAAAAAUAAUCAGUUUAAGGAAGCAAAAUCAGUAUGGACUGAAUAACAAACAUGGAGGUAGGUACCACUCGAAUGAUGGUACUGUGACGAACCACAUUUGCAAAGAGGAGGUGAAGAAAACAGUUAUGGAAAAAGGUGUGAUAAAAAGUGGCUGUAAAUAUGUGCUAAAAGGAUAUGGUGAAACUGCACUGGGUUCCCAUUCCCAUGAUGAAAUUUUUAAAAAUAAGGAAAAGAGACAAUUUAUUAAUGAUUUGCAUAGCACGGGAAAGGAUCCAUCGUUCACAAAUAACAUGGAGCAUGAAAAGGGGGGGAAUGGAAAAGAGGUGAUGAGCUGUGAACCAUUAAGCGGGAUGGAAGGUCUCACAGUGGAGAAGGAAAUGGCAAUCAGUGCUGACAUCAUCGAGAAGGCAAGACUAAAAUAUUAUGCGUCGAAGAAGUGCGAAAAGUGCAGAGAUGAAAGUUCCGCGGGGAAGGAGGAAAAUAAAACAAAUCCAUCUGCGUGCUUCAAGACGGUGUGUAGUAAUAGUGGAAGUAAGGGAAAGGGAUGCGGAGGAGACACAAAAAUGGGGAGAGAGGUCCAAACCAAUCUAAAAAAGCAUGCACAUCCAACAAAAAUGGGUAAUAACAAAAGCGGAGAAACGAAACAUUUUGGAACCAAUCCUUCAAAAGAGAACCGAAAUAGGUGCCUCAACGGUAAAAAAAAAAGUAACAAAGUUGAUGUUCUUAAAAAAGAACACCCUUCAGACGGUUCAUCUGGUACGUCUGCUUCGGCUAGUUCAGGCGACUCACCAAAAAACAAGGAAAAAUUAUGGGAAAAUAACAAAUCAGAAAGGGCAAGUAAGACUUACAAAUUUCUUGUUGUAAAAAAGGGGAACGAGGAUAAGUGCGCUGUAAAAAGGGAGGAAGGUAGUCAUUUAAGGGGGCACAAUGGUGAUGCAAAGAAGAACAGAGUUAAUCAUCAGGAAAGUGGACGCUCCGUUAGUGCCGAUAAAAGGAAGAACUAUACAAAUGGGGUGGCCGGCUCUGACAGUGUCCAAACAAACACCAUGGAUGGUUACUCCACUUGUUCUAGUGAGGACAUAUACUUGUGGGAAAAAAUAAAAAAGACAAAGGCGCGGAAAAAGAACCUUAAGGAUGAAGGUGUAAGGAAGAGUAAACUCAAUGAACAAAUCGCCGAGGGGGUUAACGCGCAGGUGGGGAAUUCAAACGGAAAGUUGGCCAGUUCUGUAGCGCAUAUAAUUGAGAAAAUAAUUCUGAAUUAUAAAAAUUGGGAUAUUGAUGGGACAAAAAAGGGGGCCCGCGUUGGUAGUUACAGCGAUGACAAUGAUAAUGACAAUGAUAAUGACAAUGAUAAUGACAAUGAUAAUGACAAUGAUAAUGACAAUGAUAGCAAUUACCACGACGGUAAAGAAUGUUCCGAAUCUGACAGAGACUGCAUCAAGCAAAGUGACCUGUCUGACUCAUAUACUUGCAAAAAAAAAAAAAAUAAAAAUAACAAUUUUGAAAUAAAUGGGGAAAAACUAAAGGCACAAACGAUAAUGUUAAAAGAAACAGGCGGUGCGUACACCACUUUAGGACGACAGUGUACAAAUGAAGAUUUACACGUGUAUACAAAUGCACAGGUAAAGGAAAACAGAAGCCAGGAUGUUAACAAUGUGUUGUCUUCAGGUAGCCAAUCGAGUUAUCAGGAGCCCAAAAUAUUUUUCCUCAAAAAUGAUGAGUCGUGUAUAAUUGUGGAGUAUCCUAACGUCAAAUAUUUUGUCAAAUGCGCUUAA